AUGGUCGACAUGGCUGAUCAAAUCUACCGUGCUAAGCUCGAUGGGAAAAGUUUCGAUGAGAUCCGGAAGCUCGACGAUGAGGAAAGGGCCAUGCAUGAGGAGGAAACGGCCGAUGAACGCACCCGUCUUCUUCCCGAACACCAGAUCGACUCGUUGAGGGGAAAAGAGAAAGAAGAGAAAUUUCACGACAAACACGCGCCGAAACUCUCGCUCCUCAUGUGUUGCAUUCAUGAAUAUGGAGAAGUAAACACAAAAAGCAAAGAAAUU